CUCCGACCUUUUUCGCUUUCUGGGUUUUUUGUUAGUUUUGACGAUUAUCAGCGUUGCUCGUAGUUUGCAAGAGCCAUGACUGCGGAAGACUCGGAGCCUGUGACGUUCGAGAGCUUGGGUCUCAUACCACAAUUAUGUGAAGCCUGUGAAAAAAUUGGGUUCACGAAACCUACAGAGAUUCAACAGGCAGCUAUUCCUGAUGCGCUUGAAGGUAGAGACAUUAUUGGCCUUGCCCAAACGGGGUCAGGUAAAACAGCAGCCUUUGCACUCCCUAUUCUUCAACGCCUAUUUCAAAACCCGCAACCCCUCUACGCCUGCGUCAUGGCACCAACCCGAGAACUCGCAUUUCAAAUCUCGGAGCAGUUUGAAGCCCUCGGUUCGACUAUUGGUGUUCGAUGUGCCGUUAUUGUUGGUGGAAUGGAUAUGAUGGCGCAAUCCAUUGCAUUAUCCAAAAAGCCACAUGUGGUUAUUUGCACACCCGGGCGAUUGGUAGAUCACUUGGAAAACACGAAAGGAUUUAAUUUGAAGCAAUUAAAGUAUUUGGUUAUGGAUGAGGCAGAUCGGUUGCUGGAUUUGGAUUUUGGAGCAGAGAUUGAAAAAGUGUUGAAGAUUAUACCGCGGGAGCGGAAUACGUUCCUGUUUUCUGCUACGAUGACGAGUAAGGUUGAAAAACUUCAGCGGGCAUCACUUGUGAAACCCGUAAAAGUUGAGGUUGCAACAAAGUACUCGACCGUAUCGACCCUCCUUCAAUACUAUCUCUUUUUUCCAUUCAAACACAAAGAAACCUACCUCACCUACCUCCUCAACGAACUCGCCGGUCAAACCUGUAUCGUCUUUACACUCACAUGCGCAAACGCCCAAAAACUUGCUCUCAUGCUCCGAAAUCUCGGGUUCCAAGCCGUCUCCUUACACGGCCAAUUAUCCCAACCCAAACGAUUAGGCGCCUUGAACAAGUUUAAAAGCGGUGGAAGAAACAUUUUGAUUGCGACGGAUGUGGCGAGUCGGGGGUUGGAUAUUCCGGGUGUGGAUGUUGUCAUCAACUAUGAUGUACCGCAGAGUAGCAAGGACUAUAUUCAUCGGGUGGGACGAACUGCUCGGGCUGGGAGGAGCGGAAAGUCGAUUACGUUGGUCACGCAGUACGAUAUCGAAUGGUAUCAGCGCAUCGAACAUGCCAUUGACAAGAAACUCGACGAGUAUCCUCUGGGCAAAGACAAGUCUGCUGUGCUCAUGCUACAGGAACGUGUCGGAGAGGCGGUCCGGUUUGCGCAUAUGCAGCUCAAAGAGGAACAUGCCAAUGCCAAAGCAGGGAAACGGAAGCGGAUGGGGGCGCUGGAAGGAGGAGAUGAUAAAGAUGAUGAGGAGACUGCUGCCACGAGGUUGGUCAAAAAGAAGACCAAAGGGAAGGCCUCGAAUAAGGGGCGAUGAUAGUGGGAAUUGUACCUUUUUUUUUACCUAGAUAUUCCGGAAAUGUUUUGCCAUGUAUAUUCUUUUUGUAUUUUAUUGUUGAAGCAAGCGUUUUAUGGCAUUCCGACUCUCUGAAUGUAUAAUGAUAAAGAUAUGACGGUAGAAUCGGGGUGUUUACAGGAUCUUGUUGUUUUUCUUUCUUUUUAUUGCACUUUUUUUUUCUUGAUAAGUCACAGACAGGAUCUUUCUAGGGUGUAAUAAACUACAUACAUACAAGCUGACACUGCAAACGAAAAAAGGGGGGCCACAGUUCUCUUCUAAGCACACUGAAUGAAUUGUCCUAUUUGUUUGCACGUUGUGCCUGGAGCGCAAUCGAAUUCCGCACUCUCACGGUUGGGGUCCUCGGGGUAGCAGAUCAGAAAGCCGUCGCCAUUGCAGGCCAUCAACUUGUUUCCAUCGCAGCCAGCAACGGGACGAGGAGCCGGUGCAGGUGCAGGUGCGGGCGCAGGUGCCGGAGCAGGUGCAGGUGCCUCAGUGGCAACAGGAUCCGCGACAGGAUCUCCCACGGGCAGACGGCCGAUACCACCGCCCUCGGGAACGGCGACGCCACCAUUUGUCAAGGACACAUCGAUACAGUUUUCAUACUUUUCUGGGUUUGUCUUUGAAAUGUGUGUUCCUUCCCACGACCAUCGGAGGACGCAGUCCUUGCAUUUAAUCUUGUCAGCGUUUUGCACGUUAAAGGUCCAGUAGUGAAGACACAUGUCGUUUGUCACCAAGCCGGCAGGAAUGGCACCAGGGCAUUGUUUUGUUGCAGGCGCGCCCUUGUCCGUGUCAAAUUGGGAAAGGCCAGGACGAGCACAUCCAUUGUCGCCGUUGGCUUGAGUGAUGGUGACCUUGUCGUUGGGAUUCUUUGCAUCAAAGAUUUCAACCGUGCAAGGACCAACGUGCUGAGCUCCCAGACUGAAUGCCUGAGUAAGCGUAAGAGGUUGGCCAUUCUUUAGAGAAAGAGGGACAGCUUUCCCACGAGGAGCACCACGGCAAAGCCCGCCUUGCGUAGGGCUCCUCAGAGAGUCAAUCUGCUUGUCAAUCAAGUCAUAGUUUCGGACUUGACCGCGGUCCUUUGAAGUGAGCUUGCCGAUACCCGCCACGAAACCGUGAGCAGAGACGGACGACACCAGUGUCGAGGCC